CUCCUAAAGAAGAGCGAAAAACAGAGGAAAUGCUGAUGGAGAAUUUACCAAUUGAGACGGUCGACUCAGAAGUCAGGAGCCACAAGAAGCAGAAAACCGGGAUUGCAAGAGAGCAAGAUGAGAACAUUACAAACAGAGAAGCAGUAGAAAGUGUUAACAGUUCAACAGAGUCCAAAGAAGAAGCUCCAGAGCAGGAAACAGAAAGGCCCAUUUUACAGAUGCAUCCAGAAGCACAAAGCAGUGAAACCCCGAGGGCUGAAUGUGCUAAAGAAGAGACCGAAACAAAGGACGUAUCUGUUGAGACGGGCAUUACCAGUGCUGGCAGUGAAGUUAGCAGUCAACAGGAACCCAUGUCCAUAAUUGUCGGGGAUCAACAUGAGGAAAUAAACAAACAAGAUAGGAGCAGAUCAACAAAAUCUAAAGAUGCAAAUACUGACAUAAAACGGGCACCGGAUGGAGCAGAAGCUCCAGAGAAGAUAUCCCAAAGCCAAAUUGAAGAACUGAAGUUUGUGAGCACCAAAACUCCAAGUGCAGAGGGAACUAAAGAAGAGCGUGAACCCGAGGAUUCCCCCCUGAAGGCUUCGGUGAGUGAGACUGCGAUUAUGAAUUCUGACAGCGACGUUAGCACCCAACAAAACCUCAUGUGCAGACCUGGUAGGGACCAAGAUGAGAACAUAAAAAACAAGUUGCCUGACACCAAACUCCCAAAUUGUAACCUGGAGCAGGCCCCAGAGACAGUAAGAACUGAAGAUUUAAAAGCAGAUACAACUGAAGAAGCCCCCCCUAUGAGCACUGAGGGCGAGAGAAAGGCUGAAACAAAGGAUCCAUCAAAAAGACGUUUGGGGAAUGAGAGGGCAGCUGCAGGCGCCCGCUUUGAGGAGAGCAGUCAACAGGAUCAGAAGUCCGUAAUCGCUAGCACCAAGACCGAGAGCGCUGACGGAGCACAAGACCAGACUGAAACAAAGGAUCCAUCAGUGAAUGAGACGGCAGUGAGGACAGGAAGCCAAAUUCAAGAACUACAAGAUCCAUCCCCAUUAAAGAGGCUGGCGGAUGAGCGUGUCCAAAAGGACCCGAAGCGCUCAAUCAAAGACGUUCCCGUGGAAACUGAUCAGUCAACUUUCAAUGCUAACCCGCUUGUUUUCACUACGGGAAAAGCUGCCGGCAAGGCUGACGAGAAACAGAAGAACAUAAAGGAAAUGAAAGAGGGCGCAGAUGCUCAAAAUAAAUUGACCAAGCAGGAGGAUCAGAGCGCAGAAUCAAAGAAAGAGUCUUUCUCAAAAGAUGCAUUAAUCAGCAAAGGUGUUGGAGAAGAAAAGACGCCUGUUGUCCCAGAUGAAGCACUUAACUGCACUGAUGCUCGGAACAAUGCUCAUGUCACCAAAGAAAAAGCCCAAACGGGUAGCACUCCGAUACAGGGAGAGAGAACCAUGAACCUCAGUGACCCUCAGAAGCACGCAAAGCCAACACCCGAUGGCAAUUUGUCUCUCUGUGCGACAGCUGGACAGCCGGCUGCGUCCAAGCGUCUUCAGCCGAUAAAGGAAUCUCCGUCGAGCUGGUUGGAUGUGGAGCAUCAGAGACACAAGAAGGGUCACAGGAGGAAAGACCUCAAGGCCUCAGCCAGUGAGGAUGAAUCUCUUGAGCCUGAUGACAUUGAUGAUUUUAUCAGGAGCGUUAAGGAGGGCAGCGUCCCCUUCUCACUACCUCCAAAGAGACACAUUACUAAAAAGUCCCUGUCGCCACCUUUUGCCAUGCCGGCCAUUAAGGAGGACAAUUUUGAGAAAACAUUUGAUCCAGAGGAAUUUCAGUUUGGCUUAAGAAAAAACGCAAAAGGUUUUCGAGAUCCUUCCCCAGCGAUGAUGAUUAAACAAAAGGCGGCUAACAGGAAAGGACGGACCCUAGAAAAACGGGCUCAGGAUAAUGCUCCGGAUGACAGGACAUCGCUAGGUGAGCUGGAAGGACAACAAGAGACGAGUCCUGAGGCAGGAAAAGAGGGGGAACACAACAGAGGAGAGCCUGGGAAGCUGACGUCACGACUUGAAAGGAUGUCCAUCCUCUCCAGCUUACUGAAUUCCCCUCGCUGCUCCAGGAAGACCAAAGAGGAAGUUGCCCCCAGCCCACUUUCCCCCCAGCAGCAGGGCUCGCUGGCGCCUGGAAAGCAGGAGGUUGUUGAGUCACCUGGGCCUGCAAGUAAUGCGGCUAUGGAUCAAGGCCCACCUGUGGGUGGCGGUAUAGGUACAAUUAGUGAGUCAGCACUUAAACCCUCCCCUCCUCCCCCUCCUCCUCCGUCUCCUCUGCCACUCCCGGAGGCAAAGCUGCCUGAUCAUUUAGAUGCGUUUUCUCAAGAAGAAUCUGUUUCUGAGACCUCCCUGGACUCGACACUGAUGACUAAAACUAAACUGGAUCCCGACGGUACUGUGAUGGACCAGGCCUCUAUUUUGGGUGUGUCUAAUGUGAAUGUUGGCCUGAAGGGCCCCUCAGGGCCGCCUCUGGUGAGAAGCAGCCAGCAGGGGUCUGGAAAUGGACGCACUACUUCUAAGACUAAGAUACCUGCAGUGAGAGGGUUCCACAAAAGGCCUGGAAAGAUGGUCAUUCACGAGCACGCUCAGUUCGGAGGGCGGCCGUUUGAACUGCACGGUGAUUUAGAGGAUGCUACCACCAUGAGGCUGUCCCCGGUCAUCUCAGUCAGAGUAAUCAGAGGAUGCUGGCUCCUCUAUGAAAAACCCGGCUUCCAGGGUCGCAUCAUCGCCCUUGAGGAAGGGCCCACGGAGCACAUAGUGAACAUGUGGGCAGAGGAGGGGGCUCCAACCACGCUGGACCAGACGGGUCAGCCCGUGCCCACGGCGCCGAUGGUCAUCGGCUCUAUUCGACUGGCUGUUAGAGACUACAGCGUGCCCCGCAUCGACCUGUUUUCGGAGGUGAAUGGCCUGGGGAGGAUGUCGUCCCACUGUGACGAGGCUGUAGAGAUCGGCUCCUACGGGGUUGCACAAACCACCGGCUCCAUCAGGGUUCAUUCUGGAGUCUGGCUGGUGUACUCUGAUCCGGGCUUUGGGGGAUUUGUUGGAGUGCUGGAGGUUGGGGAGUACCCCUGCCCACAGAACUGGGGUUUCCCUGAGCCCUUCAUCGGUUCCAUCAGACCCCUCCGACUGGGACCAAUAAGUGUGGAGCAUCCUCACGAAUUCAAGGCCUUACUGUUUGAGAAGCCCGACUUCGAGGGAGCGUGCACAGAAGUCGACAGCGACGUGUACAACUUGCAAGAGGAAGCAGAAGAGGGGCAAACGAAGAGGACGCUGUCUGCAGUGGGGUCUUUAAAGAUCCUUGGUGGUCUCUGGGUGGGCUAUCUAGAAGCAGACUUUGAAGGCCAGCAGUACAUCCUGGAGGAGGGGGAGUAUCCUCACUGCAGUGACUGGGGAGGGUCUGAGGACGGGCUGCUGUCACUCCGGCCUGUAUGCCCAGAUUUCCUGUCCCCGCAUGUGAAACUGUUCAGUGAGCGUCACUUUGACCCGCUGGGGCUGAAUAUGGACCUGCUGGGUCCCGUCCUCAGCAUGGCCGACUUCAGCCACGCCGGCAAAACGCAGUCCGUCAACGUCAUGGGCGGAGUGUGGGUGGCGUUUGAGAAUCCCGGAUUCAGCGGGGAGCUGUACGUCCUGGAGAGAGGCCUGUAUGCGGGGCCUGAGGACUGGGGGGCCCCCAACUUCAAGAUCUCCUCCAUACAGCCGGUCUUCCACGACGCUACGAUGGCAACAACAAAGUUCAAGAUACAGCUGUAUUCUGAGGCAGACUUCCAGGGAAGGCUGGUGGAUCUGGAGGACGGCACAGCAGCUCUGGGUGACGACUUCAUACCAAAGUCCUGUAAGGUGCUGGCUGGCAGCUGGGUGGCAUAUGAAGGAGCUCAGUUCUCAGGCAGCAUGUACGUGCUGGAGGAGGGCCACUACCCCAACGCGGAGGCCAUGGGCUUCCUGUGCUCAGACGCUGCCAUUCGCUCCACUCACCCCGUUGGACAUGAGUUGUCUCUGCCCUCCAUCAUCCUGUUCAGUAAGGCGGGCUGUAGAGGACGCAGGGUGCUGUUGACGGGUGGAGCCGUGAACCUGCUGCAGGCCGGCCUGGACACCCACACCCGCUCCGUGGUGGUGGAGGGGGGAACGUGGGUGUUGUACGAAGGCAGUAACUACCGCGGCGCCCAGCUGCUUCUCCGCCCGGGGGAGGUGGCCGAUCUGUGGCAGCUCAGCGGCAGGCAGCAAGUAGGAUCGCUACGUCCAUUACUCCAGAAGCAGACUUACGUCCGUCUGCGCAGCACGGAGACGGGAGGCCUGAUGUCCCUGACUGGGACUACUGAGGACGUCUCUCUGAUGAGGGUUCAGGUUGGGGAGGAGACGGGAGGCUUGGAGCAGGUCUGGGUCUAUCGGGACGGGCAGCUCGCCUGCAAGCUGGUCGAGGACUGUUUCCUGGAGACCUCAGGCAGUAUGGUGAUGGAGGGCAGCCGGCUUCGAGUCGCCGCGAAGCGAGGCGAAGGCAACUACCUGUGGAACAUCAGCCCAGAGGGCCGCGUGCACUGUCUCCUCAAACCGGCCCUGGUCCUGGAGGUCAAAGGCGGUCAGCAGUAUUACAAGAACCAGGUGAUCCUCAACACAUUAGACGAGAAAAAGUCAGACCAGAGGUGGACCUUGGAAGUGCUGUGAUGAGCCUCGACCUGUCGGACCAGCCCCCUGUCUCUGGAGCCAGCGUGGGACCCUGUCCAAACAUGGAGCCAGUAGGAGGAUUUGUCCCUGGAGCCUGUGACCCCUCAGUGGAUUGGUGCAAACACUUCACCCUUUUUCCUGGUAUUUUGACCUGUGUUUACUCUCGUUGUGGAGGGUAACAUUUAAAACCAACUUUAAAACUAUCGUCAUAAUGAGUGAAUGACGAGCUUAAACAAUAUUGCUUGUUUUUCGCCACUUCAUUUUGAACACUAUUUAACAAAGACUCUGCACCGUGUCUGUGUUUCCACUGCGUGUGGGUCUGUGCUGCAUGCUCCUCUCUACUUGUUGUCCAUCGUCUUGUCUGCUGUUAUGCACCAACCAAAGUCAAAUUCCUUGUUUGUCUAACAUAUCUUGGUAAUACAUGUUCCUGAUUCCUGACUUUGUGGUGACUUUCUAGUCUCUGUUUCCAAUGUCUGUUUUUAGAUGAUAUUGUUGGCAAAUAUGAAUGUAUGCAAAGUAUUGACAUGUGCAAUAUGAAGCCCCAUGUACCUACUUACUGUAGAUGUUUCCUUUUUGGUGGCUGCUGUGGAUUGAAAUACCUUUUUAGGGUUUUAUUGUUUUUUACAUUUUUCACUGCUUAUGUUGUACAUAAGCCAUAUGAUUUGAGUUUGAAUUUCAUAUCAGAAAUGCACGGUCAAUGCUGCCCACUGUGGAUUGUAAAUAUUUGAAUGUAUUUGAGAACUGUUGCACAGGCAAAAUAGAAUGUGAUAUGUGAUUUUGUCUUUUUAUAGAAAAUAAAAGUCUUUCUUUAGACUGUAACCUGU